UGCGGAAAUACUCGGAUCUGUAAAGUUCAGACUUCAUCAUACAUGCAGUGUUUUCAAGUGUGUUUAACACCGAGUCCCAGGCUGCUGCGAUCAUCCAGAGCUGCUGUCUCUUCCGAGGAGACCGAACCCGAGCAGAGCGGACCUGAGCAGGAGAUCUACCCGGGGAGAGGCCACCAUCUGUGGGAAGAAAGCCAACGAACACGACGGCAGAGUUUAUGUUUUUUAAAGGACCGAUCACAUGCGAUGAAAGACAUGGACAUCUUCACUGGUUCCUCUGACCGAGGCCUGUCAGACUUCGAGCUCAUUGAGGAAAUCAUCACACAGGACGGUGAGCAGUCAGCUGUCGGCCUCCCUCGACCUUGUCCCCCUCCCGCCGACCUCCCCCCCCAGGGGCAGCGCAGCCAGCCCCUCAGGAUGCACCGACAGAGCCCCUCGCUGGCGUCACAGCCGGUGCUGGUGGCCAGAGGCACUGGACAUCCGCCGACCUUCCCUCAGUCCCUGCUGCGGCUGAACAGUCCCAGCGUGAUGGCGUCAGCUCCUCCCUCCCGGGCCGUCACCUCUCCGGCCAGCUCCUCUCGCCAAUGUCACAAGAACCAGGACGACACCGAUAUGCUGGACCGGAUCCUGGAGAAGCCCAGGCUGGUGGUGGUGGAGGAGCCCAAGGACAGAGGCAUGAGGUUCCGGUACGAGUGUGAAGGCCGCUCCGCCGGCAGCAUCCUGGGGGUGUCCAGCACCGACACCAACAAGACUCAGCCUGCGAUUGAGAUCCAGGGUCCCGUUGAAUACAUCAAGAGGGUCACAGUCACCGUUUCCUUGGUGACCAAAGACCUCCCUCACCGGCCUCACCCCCACUGCCUUGUGGGUAAAGACUGCCCGAUUGGUUCAGGGAUCUGUGAGAUCUCGUUGAACCCUCACAGCAGCCGGCGACACAGCUUUGCCAACCUUGGUAUCCAGUGUGUGAGGAGGAGAGAACUUGACUCUUCACUUCAGAAAAGAAGAAGCCAAAAUAUCGACCCCUUUCAAACUGGUGACACAAAGGGCAUUGAAGACCUGGACAUGAACGCCGUGCGUCUGUGUUUCCAGUGUGAGCUCGAGUGGCAGGACGGCAGGAAGGACAGUCUCAACCCUGUGGUGUCCACUACAAUCUAUGACAAGAAGGCCACGACUACAUCCCAGCUGAAGAUCACCUUUUUGAACCAGUACAGAGGCUCCUGCACGGGAAAGACUGAGAUCUACAUGUUGUGUGACAAAGUGCAGAAAGAUGACAUUGAGAUCAUAUUCCGGCGCGGUUCGUGGAAGGCGAACGGGGAGUUCGCCCAGACAGACGUGCACCGGCAGAUCGCUAUUGUGUUCAAGACGCCACCGUACCAGGACCAGAACCUCACGGAGGAGGUGGAGGUCAGCGUCUCACUGCGUCGCAUCUCAGACCAGAUGGAGAGCGAGUCAGUGACCUUCACGUACCUGCCACACAACCCAGAUCCAUAUGAGGUGAAGAGGAAGUGCAGAAUAAAGUCAGACAUCAGUUUCAGAGAGAAGACGUGUAUAACAGCAGAGUGUGCACCUGCAGCAGAUCAGCACUUCCCCUUCCAACAGCCUCACACCACGAUGCCGCCAGACAAGUGGCCUUAUGCCGGCCCGCCUGCAGCCUCUGCUGUCGGGCCGGUGUGUUACAACGCCCCUCAGGACUCAAACAACCGCACAGAUGAGGCGGCCUUGAUUAAUCAGUUGCUAGACAUGCCUGCAUUUUUGGAAAUGAUUGACUUUGACACGGGGCCUGACAGCAGCUCCACAUUUAACAACAUGGACGUGAACUUUACCCAGAACUUUGGCUCGUACACUCAGGACUUUUCCCAGUACAGUGACCUGCAGUUCAACAUGCUGGUCAAUGAGAACCAGAGUGUGCAGCCAGAGCCACAGGACGGACUCGCCAGCGAGGUUCAGGUGAAGAAAGAAGAGGCGCUAUGAGGCGGGGGGGGCCAUGUCACGUCAUCAAUGUAAACUGUGCCCUUUUUUAUGGGAGCCGUCGUUUUUGGACAACUGUGCUGAUUCUCUUUCCUGCCAGGUGUAGAGGUACACAGUUAGCUUAGCUUAGCAUAAAGUGAAGGCAAUGUGAAAACGCUAGCCAUGCUCUGUUCAAAUCAGCACCGAUAAUGUAGAGGUACACAGUUAGCUUAGCUUAGCAUAAAGUGAAGGCAAUGUGAAACCGCUAGCCAUGCUCUGUUCAAAUCAGCACCGAUAAAGCUCUUUAAAUGAAGACGUAACGCAAGAAAUUAAGUAAAUGCACUUCUCAAAAGGAAAACCUAUAUCUUUAACCUUUCGUGAUUUAGAGAAUAGACUGUAAAUAAAGACCAUCUCCACUUCAUCCCACUAUCCAGAAAUGAAGCCGAAAUAUACCAUAUAGGAAUGGGGCCAUUUUGCUCAGUAGUGAUUGGGUAACGGAGCCGCAGUAACAACAUCCCAAAUAAAACAGGAACUAUCGCAAAUUGUCGAAUAAUAGCUAGUCUCCCACAGAGGCACACACACUUUAUCAUACGAAAUGCAGAAUUCAACCUCACAACUGCUGUUAGCUAAGAGACCAGGGUCAGCAACUACCUAAAAUGACAGAAGCAAUUUUUGAUUAAAGUAUUUCUGCAAUUAGGCUUUUCAGAUGUCGCAUCCACUAAGUAUGGCGGAGGCGGGAUUUAUUACUCUACAGCAGCCAGCCACCAAAUGGUGAUCAAGAUGUCAAGUUGUCCAUUGUUAUAAACAGCCUGUGAUUUAGAGCCAGAGAAGUUGAUGUGAUCCAAAUCCAAGAUGGAGCCCAAUGCCUGACUUUCUGCAGCUGCGUAACACUGUUAUGUGUCUGGAGGGUAAUUUAGUUUCAACUCAAUCUCCCCCUAUCCCUCCAUCUUUAUCGUUCCCUGAGAGCCUCGCUGGUCAAGGCUUUAAAGAUCAGGAGCAGCUUAACAUUCUUGAAUAUUUGUCAAUAAAUGCUGCUACCAUUGAAGUAAGAGAUUCUCACAGUACGAGUGGAGCUGAAAAAGAGAACUAACAAACGUCCCUCUUAAAAAAAACUGUUGAGUUAUAUUUGGUGUUUCCUUUAACCGAAACACAAGCCGACAUUUUUCCAGAUGUUUGAAAGGUUUCUACUUAACCUUUUUAAUUUUUUUUUGUUUUACUUGUAUUUAUUUGAUAGGGACAGUUAAUUAACAUGAGCACAAUGGUUCAUAUGUACCAGAGUUAAAAACGCAUUUUCAUCUACAGUUCCCGGCAGGUGAAAGUUAAAAUGAAAACAAACAGACAACAAACUUGCAUUAAUAUGUAUAUAUAUAUAUAUAGAUAUAUAUAAAUAUAUAUCUAUAUAUAAAUAUAUACACGCUGAGGAAAAUCCACAAUAGACAGUUGUAGAAUAUAGUUUAAGAUGGUGAAUGUCCCUUGUACAUUUGAAGUUUUUCUGCACAAAUAAAGUUUCCAACUACCAUCAGAUGUAGGGGACAUAGCUUCAGUCGUGCACGUCAACGUCAACAAGUGUUUUGGUCUUGUAAUGAACGAUGCAGGCCGAACUCGAGGGUAUACGCUGAGGCUAAAGGUAAAUGGGACUGGCUACUGGCUUGUAUGGCAGCAAUAUGAAAGCCAUGUGGCCGCUCAGUAGAUCACACAUUAUCACGUACCUCUUAGUGUUUUUUAAUUAGACAGCGAAAGGAAUUAGAUUAGAAAUAACGAGAUUAGUCCAGAUGACGACAUAUUUGACCGUUUAGUAACAAUUGUUUACAGAAUUUGAAAAUGAGUUGAAAGUUGUGCUGCUCAAAAGGAAAAGGCUGAUAGUACUUUUUCUAACAACACAAGUCUGAAGUUCUUCACAAUAUUCUUGUGUUUUUAAACAUUUAAUCCUCUUAAGAAACACUAGAAACCACUCCUUGUUUUCAUAGUUCUGUCCGUGCUGUUUCAUCUUACUCUGCAGUUUCACUCAUGCUAUUUCUAAGUUCCACUUGCACCUUGUCUCGUGUCCAACUCCGCCCCCUCUCGCUGUAGCACUUCAUUGUAAAUAUCUGAAAGAAAAAAAUUAAAUGUUAACGUGUUA